AUGCUCACGGAGUGGGAGUUGGAGGACCUUGGCCUGAAUGGCUCCUGGUGCGCCAGUAAUCACACCUCUUUCUUUGCAGUGGCACAGACCAUCCCCUUCAGCGAUAUGCUGGACAGCGAGGAGCUCGUGCAAGACUCCGCCGCAGCGGGCAUUCUUGCUGGACUGGCUUGCUGUGCUUUAUUCAUCCCUGGCUUCCUGGUGUUCCGGCGCCUGGGGACGCCGCACGCCGGCCAGAUCUGGCUCAAGUCGCAGGGUCGCCAGGGCCGGGAGGUCCGCGAGGUCCACUUCAGCUGCAAGUUGGUGCUCACGGAGCCCAGCCCCGAGGCAGAUUCGCCAACCCGGUCUCUGUCCCAAAAGUCCGCACUGUCGGCUGCGACUGCAGAAUCGGAUUUGAGCCCACGCAUGAAGGCAGAUUCGCCAAAGCGGUCCAUUUCCGGCAAGUCACCGCUGUCGCUGACUGCGGUAUCAAGGUGGUUGAGGCCGCGCAAGAAGACACUGGUCCAGUGGGACCUCGACCCGGAAGCCAUGAUGAAGGACUUGGAAGGUUUGGAGGGGCGCCAGGGGCUGAGCUUCGCGAAGGCGAGCUGCGGCGCCUCCCGGGAAAGCCUCCGCAGAAACGAAUUGAGCCUAGACGAAUACGAGGAUGCUCGCUCCCAACUCUCUCGCGCUGCCGAGCAAUCCCAGACGGAGCAAUCCGAGACGGAAGCCGAGCUCACUGAAGCCGCAUCCUCCAAGUUCGGGGAGGAGGGGAUCCUGGACAUCGUGGAAGAGCUCUACGACUCGGCGGAAAUAGGGUUUGCCGAUCAUGUGGUGGAGGCUUACAAAGAUGGGGCGGCCGUCCUGUAUUUAUCCAUGACGCAGAAGAGGCUAGUUCCAGCCACAAUCAUUGGCGACGGGAUUGUCCGCAUGGAAUCAGAAGGUGAGGACGUGAUGCCAUGCUACAACUGCCGUCUCCGGGCCCAUCGGAGGCAGUUGCGGGAAAACGUGCCGCUGCAGCUGCUGCGACCAUGGCUGGUGCCUGGUACACCUAUGUUGGCCCUUGUGGGUCAGCGCUGGAUCCAUACUAUCGUGAAAGACACUGAGCUCUUGAGUGUACAGAAGUGUCGUGUGACAGAGGAGUGCACGCAAACCGAGCGUGCUGGUGAAGAGACUUCCUUCAGCGGCCGCUCCUACGUGCUCCCCCUGCAGUCUCUGCGCCGGCGCUUCCCGAAGAACAACUUCUUCAUGGCAUACCAAGGCCAGAAGCGCGGCUGGAUCCAGAGCGUGGUGCUCGAGGAAGGCGUCGAGCAGGAAAUCCACGAGUCGGCGGAGGAGCUCAUAAAAGUCACCUUGUUCGAUGAGGGUAAGACAGUUCUCCUCCCCGCCUACCUGUUGGGCCAGUGGGCUGAGGCUGUCCGGCUCCUGGAGGUUCCGGAGGACCGGCAUUGUGAGGAAGCUACGACUGCUGACCAGGUGAAAGCGUCGGCGGAGCAGCAGAGGUAUGAAGCGGUGCAAGAGCUCCAGAACCAAUCCAUCGAGGUUCAGCAACAGAAGAGCUUGAAUGAAUGUUUAGAAGAAACUAUAGCACCGGCCAUGAAUUAUUAG